UCAAAAAACACAAACUCUUUUAAACAGCAAGUUCACAAGAAGUGGAAAGCGGCCCUCAUCCUCCAGGUCCAGCAGAACCCCCAGACAAACGGGAGAAGACUGGGAGGCCGAGGCCCAAUUCCCCACGUGCAGGCACUGCGCCAGCCACAGCAGAGCGCCUCCAACGCCAGGACUUCCUGGGCACUCCGCACUCCUAGGGCGAGAUUGCUCUGACUCCCCGUCAGCUGGGCCAGGAGCGGCCAGCCUCAGCCUGUGUACCCCAUUGUUUCCAAGGAGCUGCUGGCGGCAGGGGCAGCUUCUGAGCUGUUGGAUUAGCAGCGGAGGCUAGACGGUGUGGAAAAGUUAGACAUCUACAAAUGCAAGACACGAGUCAGUAAGGCCCCCCCCACAGGAAGGAGCUUGCUCAGGGCACUGUUUGGAGAAGGUUCUUGGGAACCUUCGAGAAGUUUCAUCCGAAAUGAAUUUUUCCCUGAACUUCACGCUGCCAGCCACCAGGACACAGUAAUUGCCCAAAGCCUGAGCCCGGGGGACUCCAGAGUGCUCUCUGAGGCUGACAAGAGGAGUGAGUAAAUAAUUAAAUAAGCUUUGCCAAGUGUAAAGGAAUGACCAAAGCCUAUACUUCCGUUGCGCCAGUGUUCCUCACCACCAGCCUAGAGACUUCCUCCCCAGUCGUGACGGUUGGGAAAGAAGCCGACUGCGGGCCGUCCCUUGGAGUAGCAGCAGGCAUUCCAUCCCUGGUGGCCACGGGACUGAUGGUGGCGUUAGUAAUUAUUGUGAUUCACCAAAGAAGAAGAAGAAGAAGCAACAGCAGCAGUGAGACCAUUGAGGACAGUGAAAUGCCAUGUGAAAUUUCAGAAAUUUAUGACAGUCCCAAGGUAGCCGAGAAUCCUGCCAGGUCACCCACCCGUGAGAACAUGACGGGAGCGGAGGAAGGCCACAUCUACGUGAAGACGGUGUCGGCCGGGGAGGAGGCGCCGCGCGGUCCUUACCAUCCUCCCACGGAACCGCAGAGACGGCGCGGGCUGUGGUGGCUGAUGCCCAGACUGAGCCUGGACUGAUGCCGUGUGGCCCAGAGCGCGCCGGGAGCGAGAUGGGCGUGUGUGUCUGUGCUUGUGCGUGCGUGCAUGUGUGUGUGUGUGUGUGCAGCACUGGCCUCCGGAGAACAGAUCUGAAAAGGCCCCUCCGGGCUCUGAGGUCUCGCGAGCACCCAACGAGUUGGCCCAGAAGGAGCCCGCCAGCAUCCCGACCCCCGGCCCAGUGGCAAUUUUGCUUUCUUUGUAAUUUGGGGGUGUUGGGGGGCUUGAUUGCUCAGUCUUUUGCCUUCUCACUUUUUUUUUUUAACAUCCCUUUACUCACAAAAAGAACUGGUUGGCCAAGGCCAGUAAGAUGCAAAGUUUGGCUAAGUGUGGACCCUCAGGGAAUAGGGUCCGGGAAACAGUGUCUUGUUUCUGAGCAUCUCAGGGUAGAGAACUCGCGAGCCUCACAUUCCCGUCCCCACCAACCCCUUAGGAGAAUGCAUGGCGGGACACUCAUGGUUCCCUCUGGGUCAGCAAUGGGAGAACAAUUCAGGCAGGAAGUCAUGGAUGUGUGUGUGUGUGUGUGUGUGUGUGUGUGUGUGUGAGAGAGAGAGAGAGAGAGAGAGAGAGAGAGAGAGAGAGAGAGAGAGAGAGAGAGAAGGAGAGAGAGAGAGAGAGAGAGAGAAAGAGUGAUACAGGGUAGGGGGAUGAUAAAUAUAGUUUGUUUCACAGGAUUAUUCAGAAUAAGGUAAAGUCUCGCUCUGUGGAGCGAAGCAAAAGGUCCAAGGCCUUGCAUUCCUAGGAGAAACACCACUGGCUGUCAGGAGGAGAGACCAAGCGUUCUCAGAGUGCACGGACACAGGGCCCCGUGGUCAGGCCCCUAGCAGUGUGCUGAGGGAUGUCAGCACAGGCCAGGCCUUUCCCAUGGUGCUGUGAGGAGGCUCCCAGCACCUCAUCCCCCCCACAGAGCCCAGGUCUGGGAGCAAGACAGGUCUCCUGGUGGAGCACCUGCACCCAGGGCCCGGGGUGGUGGCGGGGGUCCACCACUGACUCUAAGUGCCACUAGGAUAUUGUGUAGGGGCAUUCCUUUCUCUCAUUGGGCCCAUGCCUGCUCAGAAACAACACCUCCCUCUUGUCCAGGUAACCAACAGCAGGUUCUACAGACCCACUCACGGCCACCUGUCCACAUGGGCUUGCAAGGAUACCCCACAACCCCGCUGUGAUUUAGGUCUGUGCUAAGUCCCCUGGGUGAAUCUCCUGGACAGCAGAUUUGGUUUUUUCUUGUUACUCUUCCAUCUUGCCAUUUUUAUAGUAGAUGUGUCCCCCUGACCAAGGUGCUGGUGUUUCUCAGACUUUUGGGGAAGGGCCUUGGAUUGGUGAGAAACUUGACUGUGACCCUGGCUUUGACCUCAGAGUUGGGAGCUCUGGGGCUGUCUCCUGGGAGCCUCGGUGCUGUACUUAGAGAAUGAGAGUAGUUCCCGUUCCCCUAAAGGUAUGUGUGGGGGGGGUGAUGCCUGUGCAUACCAUUUAUACUCCUUACAGAAAGGGGUGACCUACUCUGGAACAUUUAUUUUUAAUUCCAUUUAUUUUAAUGACCCAUCGCUUAGAAAAUUUAUUUUCAAUAGUUUCUACUAAACUAGCAAGAUCCAGAAUUACUAUUAUUUAUUUUCCGGUUACAUAAGAUAAGCCAGAACUUAGUUUAGAGCAAAAUGAAUAAUAAAGCGGUCAUUCUUACUG